AUGCCUCGAGCUCGACCUCGCAGACCCUCGUCGUCUGGCUCUGGCAGGAUGAUACCUAACGGCAGCGUGGACGGGCAUGUCUUCCACGUCGUCGUCCUGGGAGCAUCGGGAGGACCGAGAGAAGACACAGCAACGGGCAUGCUCGUCCGGUCAACCGCUACAAACUGGGCCAGAGACUCGGUCGUGGCCGUCGACGCCGGAACGCUGCUGUCAGGCAUCAUCCGCAUCCUCGAGACCGACUCGCCCUCCCAGCUCGAUACAGAGACCUCGCACGUCCACGCUCAUGGCCAUUCCCGUACACAUCUCCACGGACAGCGAAGGGUCGUCUCGUCGGGCCCCUUUACCGGUCUCGUGCUGCCCUUUGUCUCCGCCGAAGCAAACGCUGCGUAUAUAUUCCGUGACAUCCUCGCGGCGGUGCUCAUCACACAUCCGCAUCUCGACCAUGUAUCCGGCCUGGCCAUGAAUACGCCCGCCGUCGAAGCCCAGUCAGGUCCAAAGACAGUCGCAGCGCUGCCCUCGACGAUAGCGGCGUUAAAGAACCAUCUGUUCAACGACAUCACUUGGCCGAACCUGUCGGACGAAGACGGGGGUGCUGGGCUGAUCACGUACCAGCGGCUGGUAGACGGCGGGAAUCAGCGUCUGGGACGGGGUCCGGCAAAGGGAUAUGUUCGGGCGUGCGACGGGUUGAUGAUAAAAUGCCUUGGGGUGAGCCAUGGCAGGUGUAGGCAGCGAUAUAACCCCGAGACUGAGAAGCACCAUCGGGCUGAGAGUACGGUGUUUAUGACUGAUCCUGCGCUGUUCCCGUCACGGAGGGUUUCGAUCGACGCCUCGUCGUUACGGUCGUAUUCUCCGUCAACUCAAGCCCAGCAGCUGUCUUUUGGCGCAAACGGGAAGGAUAGCUCGAUAUACGCUACGGUCGAGAGCUCAGCCUUCUUCAUACGGGACGAUCCCACCGGCGCGGAGAUCAUUAUCUUCGGAGACAUAGAGCCGGACUCGAUAUCCCUUGAGCCGCGUAACGAGCGAGUCUGGGAAGCAGCUGCUCCGAAGAUCAACGAUGGCUGUCUACGUGCCAUAUUCAUUGAAUGCUCGUACACCGACGCCGUGGAGGACAGUGCUUUAUACGGCCACAUGUGUCCUCGCCAUCUGAUAGCUGAACUGGAAGUGCUGGCCGGGAAAGUCCUUGACUCCCAGAAGCCCCAUAAGGGAGACUCCAGGAAGCGGAAACGAGCAUCUUCCUUCACCGGCCUGCCUCCCCCAGCAGCACCGCAACCAGAGCAGCAGCCCAAUCCACCGCUGAGCCCAAAGUCAAAGGAAAACAAAUCGCCCUUUGCUGCUCCCUCAGCGCCCAAGACAAGGUCGGCCACGAUAGCAGACUCGCCUCCAGUAGGGCAUAAUACCCGCCAGUCCGCUGGAAGAGUAGAAUUCCCAACGGCCUUUGCUCCCCAACCACCUGAGAAGAAACAAUCAGUUACCUCUUCCCCUGCCGUCGGUGUCGCCGCUGACCCAAUGGCCAUAGAUACCACGACCAACUCACCUUCCACCUCAGGCCCUCAGACCAGUUACCGCACAUCAAUAGGCGGAACCACUCGUCCGCUACCCCUACAGGAUCUAACAGUGUACAUAAUACAUGUCAAGGACACCCUUACAGACGACGGCUGUCCACGAAACCAGAUCCUAGCUGAACUACGACAGCUAGGUGAAGAAGCUGGUUUGGGAUGCGAAUUCCACGCUCCAUUGUCUGGUGAAGCGGUGUUCAUCUAG